AUUUAUUUGUUAUAUAUUUUAGGAAAUAUAAAAGAUUUAAAGGUAAAUAACAUUAUUAAAACUAAAGAAACAACCGAACAAAUACAAGGAGAAAAUGAAAUUAAUAUUGACCAUACAUCCGACGAGGAUGUAUUACAAAUGGCGAAUAACGGUGAUCCUGCUGACAUAUCUAACGAUAAACAGAACAUUACUAUUUUAAAUAGAGAUAACGAAAAGGAAACGAUCAAUUUUUCUUCAGACGAAAUGCUGGAAUCUGUCCAAUUAGAGGAUUCUACAGUAGAAGUUGUCGGUUUUCUGGAUGAAAUAGAUGGACCGAAAAUUGUCGGUAAAGCGAAACAUUAUCGCUUAUUAAAAUUUAUAUUAAAUAAUAAUAGCCACCACCGUAUUCAAGUGGUGGUGUGGAAUAAUGAAAUAGAAAGAGUACAAUUUCAUCUGAAACCUAAUCAAAUUAUACAUAUUGAUGGGGCCAAAGCGAAAGCACCUCUAAAUUCUAUAUUUAAUCAGGGUACUUUACCCUACGAACUUGUCGUUAACCGAAAUACCCUUAUAAAUAAUUUGGGUACUUUCGACUUAUUGCAAGUAAUUAAUGCUGCACAAGCAAAACUGAUUGAACUAAAUAGUAUUCCUGAUCAUCUAAAUUCAUGCGUUCGUAAGUAUUUAGGUAUAUCCCUUCGACGCCAUUAUUGGUGUAAUAUUUUUACAAUUUCCCUAUCCAAGUAUACCUUCUCACAUUUUUAUAUUUUACAUAU